AUGACUGCAGAAUUUCUUUUUAGACUUUUAUUAAUUAGCCCUCAAAGUUACGAGGCAUUAGAAUUACUAGGUAACUCAUAUAAAAAACAAGAAAAGUUGUCAAGCGCAUUAGAAUAUUACGAAAGGUUAGAUCAAAUUUUUUUACAUCUCGAUUUGACUUCAUACGAAUUAAAUUUUAUUGUCAUCGAUUCAAAUAGAGCUCUUUAUAUUCCAAAUGCACCACAAACACUUGCAUAUGAUGCUGCUGAGCUAUGUAUACAGUUAGCGAAAAAGCAAAAGGAAGAAUCAGAAGUUAAAAAGUUGGCGACAAAAGCAUUAUAUUGGAUAGAAAGAUCACGUUCAUUGAAUAAUAAUAAAUAUGACAUUCUAGCAAUUCAAUUAUUGAAACAAACAUAUGCUAUUUUAGUACGUUAUGCUGAAAAACAAUUAGAUAAACGCUCAUGUCUGAAACGCCGAGAAGGAACGCCCCCAGUGGUAGCCAUCAAAUGGAUCGAUGAUUCCGUAAAAGAUCUAAUCUUAUUAGAAGAAACAUUUAUUGACCCUUCAUUACAGAUAUUGUUAACCAAGAGUCUGUUAAAGAUUCAAGAUUAUCAACGAGCAUGGAAACACAUAACUCAACGUCGCUAUAACUUCAUUGAUAGUUUAGAAUGGAACACUUUUGUUAAAUCAACGUUUUCAAAAUUAAAAUUGGAGGCCACAAUCGAUAACCAAAAGGACCCUUUACAUGAACCUACCGAAUUGAUAUUUUUUGCACAUGAUAACGUUGUGAGAUUAUCACUGAAUUUAUUUCGUGAAGAGUCUGUUAAACUUGUAAAGGAAUUUUCGGAUUUAGUUAAAACCUGGGAAAUUCCUGAGUCACAAAAUUCUCAGUUAGUUGAAAAAUGGACACGAUUCCAACAGGAAUAUCAAUCGAGAAGUUUACGACACGAUGGUUAUUUCCAAUUAUACCUUGCCUCCUCUGAUCUGGUUCAAUUCCAAAAUGCUUCUAAAAUACAAAAAAAUCAAUACCACCUAAAUGCUGCUUACUUAAAAUUCAAAUCUUGUUUAUAUUUUCGACGUGAAACUUUCCGUGAUCCUUCUCGUUCGAUCAGCCAUUUUAUCUAUCUAAUGUGUCAACGUAUUAGUGACGUUUCUCAUCAACUUCUUAUUUUAUUGCAGUGUUUUGAUUAUUUGUGGUUAAACAAAAACGAUGAAGCAAAUGAUAUUUUCAGAUCACAUUCAAAAAAUGAUGAUGAUGCCACACAGAAUUUUGUUUUGCCUGAACAUAAAAAAUUUCUUAAAAAUUUGCACAAAGAGCUUGGCAAGAAAACUUUAAUAGAAUUGAAUACGUUGAAAUGGUUAUCUAAAACCGCUCUUCAGAUUGACAAAAUAGCUUUUUGUGCUCCUUAUGAUUUGGAUCGAUUUUUGAUGAUCUCAGCUUGGUACAUAGAAAAUGGGGAGAUAAGAGACUUUUUAAGACUUAUUUUUCCUAAUUUACAAGAUUGCCUAAAGAUGAAAGAACCAAGAAAGGCCACUAAUGAGCAAGGAUCACCUAUAAAGGCUAUAGCCACUUUGUUUGAAAAUGUAUCAUCACUUGAUCGACUUGGGACUAAUUGGGAACAGUUUUUAUCAAAGAGAGCCGUUACUACAAGAAAGAGUUCUAUAGUUGAAAUUCCAACAUUGGUCGAUAUUGAAUUUUUCCUUUUGAUUUUAUUGAUACAAAGACAAUAUCAUUGCAUUAUCAGGCUAGGAGCCAAAACUUUAGGUCAAAUAUUGUAUUUAACAUCAAGAGGUUGUUGGAAAACCAGCGUAGAUCAGAAAAGGUUUUGGCAAACAUUAUUAUCAUUUUAUGGAAAGAAUGAUCCAGAUAAACGUAUUUACGCUAGUAAUCUAAUGAUCAAUGAAGAAUUUACACAAUGUCUUCGAGAAAUACGUGGUGACAUUAAUAUUCGAGAUUAUGAUUUUUAUGAUGGUCAAGGUAAAUUGAUCGUGAAUUUGCAAAAAGAUUUAUUUUUGAUUAUGGCUGUUUUAUAUGAGUCGAUGAUUCAUCAUCACCAUAGAUCGCGGUUCGUUGAGGGUUUACGUUGUGUGGAAACCUAUCAAAAUUGGGAUCAAAAAAUUUCAAAAAAAGAACCCACGAGUUUUUCAUUGUAUGAAAGACAUGAAAGAUUUUUUAUUCUUGAUACGGAAAUUAAAGAACCAGGAUAUCGAAUAUUUAUUCCCGAUAAAAAGGAUUUGGGACCGAAUGAUUUGACUGAACAUUUAUCAUCAAUAUUCAAUCUCCAUGAUGAAUCUAUAGUACAACAAAAUGAAUCAGUAAAGAAUCAAUUCGAUGCAUCGAUUGAUGAUAUUGACACCUUUAUAGAGGAGAACUCCUCAACGGAUCAGAUAGAUAUUUCAUUCGAAAACGAAAGUAAUAUUGAUGGUAGUGAUGGUGAUGAUGAUGAAAAUUUAGAAGAACAAUUUCAUUCCAUGAGUGUUACAUCCCAAGGAAAUUAUGUCCAAGAUGAUGUUGUUUUUGAUGAUGAUGAUGAUGAUGAUGUUAAUUUAAGUCAUGAUGAUGAUUUAAUUCACAUCGGUCAAGAUAUGCCUGUACAUGAGAAGCCUUUGGUUGGUGCCGAUACUUCAUUUUCAUCCAUGGAUAACAAGCAAUUAGAGGAAGAUUGGGAAGUGAGCAUGAUAGGAAAUGUAGAAGAUAGGGUAAAAAUCGAUUUUUUAAAGGAAAUCACUGACGGUUCAUCACAAGAAAAUAAAGCUGAUGAUAAAAAUGAUGAGAAUUUAAUAGAGCAAGUUCCUAUAAUUCCGAUAAGUAUGUAUUUAAAUCCAAGGUUAAAAUGUUUAUAUUAA